AUGUUUGAGCGAUGGGGCGAGACACUCGCCAUGGACUUCACGCACGGCGCCAACAAUCUGGGAUAUCACUUGGGGAGUCUUCUGGAAAAGAAUCCUGGGUGGUGUAACAUCGUGUCAGUCGUGAUUGAUAAGGACUUUGUAGAAUGCUCCAGUGAGACUGACUACGACACACGGUAUGAUGCAUUAAGGCGUUAUUGUGAAGAGCAGAAACGACGAACGAUUUUCACGUAUUUUGAAAAGAAUUGGAAUUCGUUCCGGGAUAGGUGA